AUGGAUAAAGUUUACAUCUACAACUCAUUAACAAAGAAGAAAGAUGAAUUCAAGCCAGAAGACCCAACAGAUGUCACAAUCUACAUCUGUGGACCAACAGUCUACGACUCACCCCACAUUGGUCACGGUAGAACGUACAUCUCAUUUGACAUUCUGAGAAGGGUGCUCGAAGACUACUUCAAGUACGGCGUAACUGUGGUGAUGAACAUCACAAACAUCGACGACAAGAUCAUCAACAGGGCGGCAGAGGAGAAGAUUGACGCAAUUGAGCUGAGCAAGAGGUACGAGACUGAGUUCUUUGAUGCAUUGGACUCAUUCAAAAUAAGAAGGCCAAACUUCAUUACGAGGGUAAACGAGUACGUGCCAGAAAUAAUUGAAUUCACCAGAAAGUUGGUGGAGAAGAAGUUCGCCUACGAGAGUGAUGGAUCGGUCUAUUUCGACCUAGAAAGCUACAAGAAGUCGUUCAGGUACCACACCCUGAGACCUGAGACCAGAAAGGACGAGACUGUUUUAGAGGGCGAGAAGACGGGCGUGAAAGAGAAGAAAAGCGAGGAAGACUUCGUGUUGUGGAAGGCGUCUAAGGGGAAUGAGAUCAAGUACAACUCACCCUGGGGAAUGGGAAGGCCAGGAUGGCACAUCGAGUGCUCUGUGAUGUCAUCGGCCGUAUUUGGGAAGAAACUGGAUAUUCACGCUGGUGGAGUGGAUCUGGCAUUUCCGCACCACGAGAACGAGAUAGCGCAGUGCCAGGCCCACUUUGGUGCUCGCUGGGUCUCCUAUUUCGCGCAUACGGGCCACCUGAACAUCGAUGGGCGCAAGAUGUCAAAGAGCCUCAAGAACUUCCUGACAAUUUCAGACAUUCUCAAGGAGUACUCACCAGAAACAGUCAGAAUUCUGUUUAUUCAGCACGCCUGGAAUACGCCAAUGAACUACGACAAGCAGCAGCUGGACAGGGCCGAUGCCACGAGAAAGAGACUCGUCAACUUCAUUGGAACAGCAGAUGGAAUUCUGGCUUCCCAUAAACUCAAGCAGAGCAGGCAGCAGCUCCAGUCCAUCACUGAGUUGGACAAGGAGUUUCGUAGGCGGCUGAAUGAGACCAAACGAAGCGUGGACCAGUCACUGAGAGACAAUUUCAACUACAGUGACGCAUUUCAGGAGAUAAUGAACCUGAUAGGCCAGACCAAUUCAGAAAUCCAUUCACUAAGUGCAGACAUUCUUCAUACGAUACUGGAGUACGCCAAGAGGAUGUUUAGGAUACUUGGAAUUGAGCCAGACUUCGAAUCGAGGAAGAGUGAGGAAAGGGUGAUUCACAUUCUGAAUGAUUUCAGGUCUGAGGUCAGGGAAGCAGCCAAAAAGAACUCGGAUUCCAAGGCGUAUUUUGAGGUAUGCGACAGUCUGAGAGAGAGUCUGAAGGAUGCUGGGUAUCAGAUUGAUGACACCAAUCACGGAUCAAGCAUCAAGAAGAUCAUUUAA